AUGUCCUCGCCCCCGCUGGCCUGCGCGCCCACGCCGGUGCAGAUCCGCGAGGCCAACGCCCACCUGGCGGCCCUGCACGGGCGCGUGGCCGAGCUGGAGCGGCGCCUGGCCGCGGCGGAGGAGACGGUGCGCGGCCAGGCCCAGAGCCUCAUCCGCAAGGACCACGAGAUGCGCGGCGCCCUGCGCAGCCUCAGUGACGACAAGGACAGGGAGUUGGCCACGUUGGAGGAGAAGCUGCUCUCCUCCGAGGAGAACGUGCAGAGGCUCCUGGGGCUGCUCCAAGAGAAAGACGCCUUGAUCGCCCACCUGAAGCACCGGAGUCAGCUGCUGACCAAGAUCUGCCGCAGCCGGCCCGUCCUGGACAAUCUGUUGGCCUACAUGGCCGAAGGGGAGCGCCUGAGCCCCGUGCCGGGGACCCAGAGCCAGGACAGCUCUCUGGAUUGCGGCCUCUUUCUCGAGACAAACUGUACCCUCGGCCUGGACUCCAAAGACUUUUCUCUGUGCGACGAUGAUCAGGAGUCAGGCCAGAGCUUGUUCGGGACGACCGUGUGAACAGCCUCGGUCGCGGUUACCUCC